AUGUAAACACACAAAUUCUAAAAUCAAUAAUUAACAUUGUUGGACUUAGUAUUAAAGAAUGAGGAAGAUCAAUAUAGAGGAAAAUCAUAAUCAAAUUCCAGUAGGUUCGAAAGAGAAGAUAUCCAUCAUUCUUAAUAUAAUUAGUUAGGGAUCUCCUUAUAUUAUGAUGCCAAUAUUACCGGUAAUGAAUAAUUUGUUAGCAAUCAACUAUUUCGUUCCAUUCUCAAAAACAUUGAAGAUAAACUCUUAGAACUUGAAACCAGAAUCGAUAAUAAAGAUAACCUGACUAAAUUUACAUUUCAAAUUGAUCAACUCAAACAUCAAUAAUAUCGCAAUCCAUUUCUCAAAGAUGAAAUUUUAUUGCAAGAAUACAAACGCCAAGAUAGUUAAAUCUCUGAAAUGAUAGAUGAUCAGUCUGUUCGAGAUACAGGAGUUAAAUUUCACAAGCCAAGCAGAUCAAGAUCAACCUGCACUAAUAAUUAUGAUGAAUAACUUUCAUCUACCAACAAUAAUGCUUCAAAUUUGAGAUAAAGAAAAAACAAGGUAACUGAAGAAACUACUUUCUCCAAAUUAAACUUGUUUGAAAAGAAACUCUCACAAUUUCAAGAUUAAUUCCAAAAGCUUCUCCAGAAAGAAGAAAUCUCAUUUAAAAAACUAGAAUAACAAGUCUAAGUUGCAUUAAAGGAAGCAGAAACAAGAUUGAUCCAAAAUACUAAACAAAUGGAUAAAUAUUCUGAAAGCUUGAAUAAUUAUAGUGAAUACUAUAAGGAGUUUGUGGCUAAAUUUUAAUAACUUAAUGCUUAAAUAAACAAUCAUCAAUAAGAAAUUAAUAGACUGUCCGAUGAUUCAAAAAUUCCCUUCAUCUAAUUAGAAUCAACAAUUGCUGCAAUGAAUAAACUUCAAAAUAUUCAUAAUGAUUAGAUAUUAUCGAUCAAAGAAUCCUAUACCUACUUAGAAGCAGAUGUACUCAUAAUAAUGAAAAAUUACAAAGAUCUUAUACUUGAUAAAUAGAGUAAAAUUCAUAGAUGA